AUGGCCAUGGGGGGCAGUAUCCCGGACUACGUGGCCGUGGCCGUGCAGAAGAACAAGGUGAAGAUGGCCGGUAAGUAUAACAGCAUGGACUGUAUGAGGUGUUUUAUGCACAUGGUUGAGUAUUGCAUGGGCUUCACGCCUACGGAGUAUACCGAGGAGCUGCAUCAGUGGUUUCUGAAGCGGCGGUGUCGGAAGUGGGCACGCCAUGCUGCUGCGGAGCUCGCGUAUUUUGGCGUGGUUUCCUGCGACACAAUGACCACAGCAUUGGGUCGUAUGAGGAAGGCUCUCAACAGCACGUCUCAAGUGAGCGUCGCGACCAUGUAUGUAUUGUUCUGCGAGACGCGGCAGGCUAUCAACAGGUAUUCGUUGCAUGGUGUUUGGUAUCUCAUUGACGCGUAUGACACGAGCAAGUCUGUGCGGGCAAACGUUUCGCGUGUCCGGCCUGGGCUAGUAUCGACGCGUUGUCACGCAAUUCAGCUUUUGGAGGCGAUCCGCAGCUGUGUGGGAGUAUCGCUUGCUGUGCUGCGGACCUUGGGAGGUGGCGUAUCAGACGGCGGACCUUGCGAGGUGGCGUAUCAGCUCGGUCGCCGCCGUCUGUGUCCCAAGGUAGAAUCUGACGGUAUUCCAGAGCUCCGUGUGCUUGCGAGUUGUCUCAGCGUAUUGACACAGAAGGUGCAGACGUAUGCGAGGCAGCCUUCGCAGCAGUACCGCGGCUUGGUCAAGGCCGCCAAAGGUCUGGGUAUCAAGUACGGGAAGUCGCAUACGGUGAAGAAGCUCGCUCUGCUCGUGAAGCGAGGUAUGCUGCAGCCUUCAGGCACCGGUGCGUGCAAACGGACGUACCAGGAGCUGGUAUCCGCAGCGCACGCUCGCGGCGCCAGCGAGUAUCAAAGAAUUAAAGUGCAGGGAAGGUGGAUCACCAGACGUGUAUCCAAAGCCACGUUGGAAGCGCUGGUGGCUGAGCCCUAG